CCAUUUACAAAGCAAAUAAACAAAUGAAGAGUAUCAUCCCCGGAACGCCCACCAAAACAAAAUAGCCCUUCCACAAGGAAGAGGCUACAGGACAGUGUUUACAAAAUCCUCAUUAAGGAAGCUGUGAGAUAACACACAGGCUACUGCAUCACACAAAGUUAAAGGGAAGGCAGGCUCGCACACACACACACACACACACACACACACACCAAAGAGACCAUAAGCACAGUGCAAUGCGUAGCCCACCAUAUCAUAGAUAAGGGGUAGAAACCCAGAGCUGGGAAGAGAGGCGAACACAGACAGAGUCUGACAGAGGAGAGGACGCAACAGAGAUGAGUCGGACAGACAAAGACGAGCCUUGGCCACCUUGUCACCGCAACCACCGUCCUGUUGCAAGGAACUUCAAAAGGUGCGCAUUAGAAUAAAUCUGCAGAGGAGCGCUAGGAAAACACAAGCCUAAAGAGGGGUUCAGGUUGGUCAAUGCGAAGGUCACUACCUCUUCAGCUGCUGCCAGGGAGCCACAACUGUCGCAGGCCCUAGGUGAACUAUUCGCUCCUUAAUUAAACCUUUGGACAAAUACAGUAUAUAUAUUUUUGGCCUUAUUGCUUGAGCUUAUCCAUAGGCCAUUGGCAUAAACUAGAUUGCUGCAGAUUUUUUUUCUCCCAUGGCGAGCAUUUGGGUCUCUCAACUGGGAACCAUUUGCACAUCCAAGACUUUGCUCUUGCUGUUUUCCUUCCUGCUGCUCCGGGAGCCUCUCUUUGGAAAAAGCAGCCCCAUCUCCAACUCUCAUCAGAGGUAUCGCCCUGCUCCAGGACUCGGGGAUGGCCAUGGAGGGGUGGUGGAUCCGAUGCUGCUGGAGCAGGGUGACAGCACAAAGAUGCAAAACCUCCUGGAGAGCCUGAAGCAGCAGUUUCUGCGGACUUUUAACCUGUCCGGAUCGGGUCCUUCCACCCUGCCUCCUGGUAGCGCACGGGAGGACCCGCCUGAGUACAUGAUGGAGCUUUAUAACCGCUUUGCCAAUGACCGCACUGCCAUGCCCACAGCCAACAUCAUACGCAGCUUCAAGAAUGAAGAUUCAAACCCUAGUGUCGUGGGUGCUGGAGGGGCGAGACGCCACCCACUGCUCUUCAACGUGUCAAUCCCCCAUCACGAGCGCAUCACGGCAGCUGAACUACGCCUCUACACCCUAGUCCAGACCGACAGACACCUCUAUGCCGGUGUUGACCGGAAGGUCACCAUCUAUGAGCUGACAUCGCAUGACUGGCUCAACGUGACAGACGGAAAGGCGAUAAGGGGAGACGAGUUUGUAGCGGUGGAGGAGCGGACCGACUUUUUGGAGCUGGCUUCACGUCAGGUGUUUGGAACAGAUAACGGCUGGGAAGCCUUUGACCUCACUGCCGCUGUGCAGCGCUGGUGCAAAUCUGAUGGAGCAACGACACAUCGUUUGGAAGUUCACAUCUCCAGCAUCGCUGAUGACGAGAUUGCUGGGAGUGCGAAAGAAGCCAGCAAAGAUGAGGGUCCACCUGAAGGUGACAUGAGGAUUGAAAGCAGUCCAGAGGAGAAACAUAAACCCCUUCUGAUUGUUUUCUCUGAUGAUCAGAGCAGUGAUCACCGCGAUGACAGGCGUGAGCUGAAUGAGAUGAUUGAUCAUGAGACUUCUAGCGCUGUACUGCAGAAUGACUUUGGGACAGACAUGGAUGGGCUGUGGGGUGAGGACAGAAGUGAACCAGAUGAGGAAGACCUCAUCCAGAUGCGUUCCAACUUGAUCUAUGACACGGCUUCCCGCAUUCGUCGCAAUGCCAAAGGAAAUCACUGCAAGAAGCAAUCUCUGUACGUAGAGUUUAAGGACAUUGGGUGGGAUAGCUGGGUCCUUGCACCUACUGGUUAUGAUGCCUUUGAAUGUGCUGGUAUUUGUUCCUACCCAUUGACAAAGCACGUCACACCCACUAAACAUGCCAUAGUCCAGACACUGGUAAACAUCAACAGUCCCCAGAAAGCAGCACGAGCCUGCUGUGUGCCCACCAAGCUGGACCCCAUCUCCCUACUCUACCUGGAUGACACAGGCGUGGUCACUUACAAGUACAAGUACGAGGGAAUGAUGGUAGCCGAGUGUGGCUGCAGAUAGUCCACGCUUGCAUUCAAACUCUCGGUAAAGUCUUACCAUAGCACCAAAAAUACUAAACACAACUGGCAAAGAUUGAGCCAAGGUCUCCAAGAACUGAAAGGGAAAUCUCUUUUAAGAGACUAGGAGUGCUCAUUUAAAACUGAUGAACAUUUGUGCACUGCAAGUGGACAAACAUGUAUAUUGUACCGUACAACAAAACAAGUACUUCAUCUUGUAGAAGAAAGGCAUGAAUAUUAGUUGCUACCUGUCACAUAAUGGAGUGAAAGUAGAGCUGUGCAACAGACCUACAGUCCGUUUGGUGUCCAAUGAUGUGAAGGUACGCUCUCACACCCACAAUGCUAAAAGGAUUUCUCUAAAAAGUGUUCGGACUGGUGGGAACUAGUGGGUCAGUCAUCCUCCUUCCUCUCUGUUCCCCUGACAUCUGUCUUCCUCUCCACUUAUCUCUGGCCUCCCCAUGCAAUGCAAACACUAAUCAGCGUUUCAUGAGCCUUGGUGGUGUGAAAUGGCCUGCCUCCGGCAACCUGAUAAGCCAUGAACUCUACGGGCCCAGCUCCUGGCUCCUGCCACUGCCUGAUACGUGAGCUCUGUGCAGGGGUCCUGUUGGCAAAGUUGUUUAUCUCGACACUGCUUCCUACUUCACAUGGCUAUUUUCCACCCCCCGGAGUUACUGCGAUAGUAAGGUGUUGGAGCUUGAGAAACAUGUGCCCCCACCACUCAGGCUUGGAGGACUUGAGGCCAUUUGGGGCAACUUUAGAUGUGGUGGGGGCAUG